UCAUUCACAAGGUGAAGCUCUUGGUAGACACGUCGCGCACAUUUCUUCUUCUUAGAAAAAGAAACGAGUUGUUAUUUUUUUUGUUGUUUUGUUCGCAGUGCGUUCAACGAGAAAAACAGUGUGUUAACAAAUUGUGCCCGUCACAAGUGACGUUUUUUUUUAUUUUGACUUGUUGAGUUUUCAUUUUGAAAUCGUCGCUAAACAAUUGACAAUCGUGAAAUUGUGAAACAUCUGUUUUUCUUUUUUUUUUGCCGAUUCUGCGUCUGCUCAAAAAUGUCGGAUUUUCAAGAGAUUUGGCAAGAUAUCGAAACGGUUUUGUUAGGAUCUGCUCCGGCGGGAGCUCACGCCGUCAAUGCGUCCGUUUACGGUAACCGCGAAUUGAACGAACAGCAUUGCGCGUAUUCGAAUGCGCCGACAGCCGCAACGGCCGCCUAUUCGUCUCUAGAAAAUCAGCAAACGCGCUCGUCUUCCGGCCCUUCCUCGCUGGCUGUGGAGGCUGCGUUCCAGCAGCAUCCGUCGGCGGCCGCGCAACAGCAGUACAACGGCGAAACGAUGGCCUACAAUUAUCACGGCCAACACUAUCACCACCACCACCACCAGGCGGAGUGCGUCUCUUCCGCGGCUUCGUAUCCGUUUUACAACUACCGGAAGGAAGGUGGCGGCGUGGCGAUUCCAUCCGCUGCUGGCGCCACUUCGGCAUAUCCGGUCAUCAAACAGGAACUGCAAGACGUCGCGGCGACGGACAAUUACACGGCCGUUGCCCAUCAUCAGCAGAAUUAUUUUCUUCAUCCGCAGCGGAUGGCCAAUGCGAACGUCGCCAAUCACCGCGUUCCAGCAACAGCAGCAGCAGCAGCAGCAGUUCAACAACAGAAUUAUUAUUCGUAUCACACGGCCGAUGCCUCGUACAACGGGAUGCAACAACAACAACAUCAACAACAACACGGGGCUUAUCAUCAGGCGUAUCAUCCGCAUCAGCAGGGUCAAAUGUCGCCGCCGACGACUCCGGACAGCGUCUACGGCCACCAGCAAACGACGGCGUCCAAUAAUCGGCUGGCCCAACAGCAACAGACUCAAGUUUUGAACGGCGACGAAUUUCAGCAGCACGCGCAUUACUAUCACCAUCAGCAACAGACUCAUUUGCAUAACCAACAGCCGCAACAGCCAGCGAUGCAGGGGCACAUGCCGCGCCUCGUCCCGGCUCUCACGCCGCCGUCGUCUCCGCACUUGAAGGCGGCGCAAAUGUCGUGCGCUCCGGUCGUUGCGGCCGGCGCGACGGUGCGACCCCGUCGCCGAAGGACUUGGGGCAAACGGAGGGUCAUUAUUCACACUUGCUCGCAUUCCGGAUGCGCCAAGACCUAUACGAAAUCGUCGCAUCUCAAGGCCCAUUUGAGGACGCACACGGGCGAGAAACCGUACCAGUGCUCGUGGAAGGGUUGCGGAUGGAAAUUCGCCCGCUCCGACGAAUUGACCCGCCACUACCGCAAACAUACGGGCGACCGGCCGUUCCAGUGCCGCCUCUGCGAGCGGGCCUUUUCGCGCUCCGACCAUUUGGCCCUUCACAUGAAGCGGCACAUAAGCGUUUGAAUUCUCGAUUAUGCGGUUUAUAUUUUCGAUGCGUCUAGUCAAAUUAUUAUUAUUUUUUUUUCUUUUCCUUCUGUUUUUUUUUUUUUUAAAUCUUUUUUAAAAUCUUAUAUAUCUUACUAAUCAUUUGAAAUUAUCUUUAAUAUUUUUUGAUUGUGGACAAAUUGACAUUAUUCAGGAUUCGCGUCGAUUUGAUUUGUGUAACCCUGUUGUCGUAGAACAAAUGUUUUCUACCUAUCGUCUAGGGAUCCGCACGUUUUUCUUUCUGUAGGCCUACAAGACUAUUAGACUAUUUUUUCUUUUCAUUUUCGAUUUUUAAAAAGACAAAAAAAAAAAAUCAUUAUUUUCUCGUGUAUGCAAAUAUUUUUUUCAUCAAAAGAAAAAAAAAAAUAGGCCAUUUUGAAUGAUCGUAUUUUUUUAUGACAAAAAUAUCCGUCGUUAAACGCACGUUUUCAUUUCGUUCUUUUAAACGCGAUGGAAUUUAUUUGUUGCAUUCCCCGAUUUCUGUUUCUGAUGAUGUUCUGGUUGUGCCUGCUGCUGCCUCUUUUUAUUAUUAUCAAAUAAGAAUUGUUUAAUUUGAAGAAAACAAAUUGAUUUCUCCAUGUCGCCUCUAUUGCUGUACAGUUUUUAUUUCCAUCAGAAUGCUACAUUACAAAAA